AUGCCCGUACACGCCAACGACGACCAGGAGAUUGCCCAAGCUACCCCUCGCAAGCGCCAGCGCAUGUCCCUGGACUUGCGCAGGCAGAUUGUUGCAUUGCGCGACGAGGACUUGUGCACCUUUCGCGAGAUUACAGACUAUCUUGAUGUCCCGGUCGCAACCGCGCACAAUGUGUGCACCAAGUUUCGCGAGACUGGUAUCAUAGAGCCUCGUGCCUCCAAGCCACCCAAUCGGACAGUCGUGACGAGGGAAAUGGAGGAAUUCCUGGCGGAAGAAAUCGACAAGGACUGCGCCGUGACCAACGGCAUGCUGGCCGACAAAUGUUUGGUAGGAAUCUCGUACGCCAAGAUAGCGGCGCGAUCCAUCGAGCUUUUGUUAUUUGAAGUUAUGACGUUGCACGAGAAGUUUGAUGUGAAAGUCAACGCGACGACAAUCGGUCGUCAUGUCAAGCGCAUGGGCAUUGAUUUCAAGAUGAUCUAUGAGCAGGUCACUCGCAAAAACUCGAUGGCGGUCAAAAUGAAGCGCCAAGAGUGGUUUCAGGACUUGACCAAUGCGAACAUUCCCCAAUCGCGCAUCUUCUACGUCGAUGAGUGUGGCUUCAACAUUAACAUGCAUAAGCGCGCGAUCAAGAACGUCGAUUCCAUUCGUGCUCCGAACUGGACACUGAUUUGUGUGAUUGGCAAUACGGGUGUUGUGCACUACGACAUCCACCACGGCCCUGUCAACCAGCAUCCGUCAUCCCAAACUUCAGCCCGCGCUGCAGCACCCAGACGCACAUCCACCUACACCUACCCUCCCGCUGUUGAAGCCCUAUGGACGAACGAUGCCGACGACGACGACGAUGAUGAUGAUGACGACGAUGAGGAAGCUUAUCACCCUUCCCAGGCCGAAUGCUUUCAAGACGAGGCGGAGGAAGGCAACGACAACGCAGAUUUGCUGAUCGCAUCGGAAGAGAAGUACGGCCGCUCUUUCCCGCGAGAUGGCAGAACGUACAAGGCGUGGAUUGUGAUGGACAAUGCGAGCUUCCACAAAACAGCCAGCCUGCGCAACUACUUUUGGCGUAGGAACUACCGUCUGCUGUAUCUUCCGCCGUACUCGUCAUUCCUCAACCCGAUUGAAUAUGUUUUUGGCAAGAUUAAAUCUUGCUUCAAGCGCACUCCUCUGAAAAAAGGCGAGAAAGUCCAUCGCCGCAUUGAAGAUGCUGUUCGCCAAGUGUCGGCGCAAAAUUGCAGCCGCUCCAUUGUCCAUGUCAGCAAGUAUGCCUUCCCUUGUGCGCAGCUCGAAGAUAUCAAGGAUUAA